AUUCUUUUUUCUUUCGCGGCAGUGUAAGCAAGCAAAGUCGAAGAACAUAAGCCAUAAGCCUGUAAACAGCUAAGCCUUAGCACACCCGUGUAACUGUAACGCUGCGUGCCCUGCCACAUUGGGAUUGCACCCAAGUAUGAAGCCAAGAUGAUUCAAGUGGAAGUAUUCAUUCAGUCUUUUUGAAGGAAAAUUUAAAGCUUCUAUCUGUUUAUUUUUCACUUAUUGGAGGGAUAUAUCAUAUCUGUGAUUUGUGGUGGUGUCAGCAUCAUGAAAUCAAACAGUUUCAGGGAACAGGUGAAUAUCAUCACCAGCUGGUUUAAAGACUGGAGUGAGUGUGAGCAAACAGUGGCCUUGUACUCUCUGCUGAAAAAGAGCUCUCCAGUCCAGGCCAAAUUCUUGGAUCAGAUUCUACAGCAUUCGCUUGCUGACUGUGUAGAUGUUAAGCAUUUAGAGGCAAGAGCUAAUGAUGAAGCUUAUGUGAGAAGUUUGUACUCUGGUGAGAGAGAGCUUGUGAUUCAUCAACUGCUGAAACUUCUGCCUCUCCUGCAGGUUGGGAAAAUCUCUGUUAAAAAAGCAUACCUCCAGCUUAUUCAGGAACUCUUGUCUCACACCAUCCACAAUGGAGUCAACGUGGAGGAAAGCAGGCAGCUCUUGUCCUACUCUCUAAUCCACCCAGCCAUAAACUCAGAGGAGCGCUCCAAGUUCCAGAAUUGGCUGGGAUGCCUUGACGAACGUUUCACCUAUGGGAACGGCGGAGGCAGCACAGCCACCAGCAACAGCAGUGGCAACAGCCUCAGUGUGGGCCAUAGCCAGAGCCAUAGCCCUUCUCCAGGCUCUCAACAUUCCCUCACACACUUAUCUCCAGAACUCACCCUCUCGCAGGAAUACAUCUCCACAAACCAGAGUGUUGCCCAGGGCCACUUAUCGCCGUCCCCGCUCAUCACCUCACAUCACGGGCACUCUUCCCCAUCGCCCAUCAUUGCCUCGCCAGCUCACUCCUCGUGGCACCAACCACAUUACUCUGGCCUUGAUGCCAGCGCUGCCAUACACCCUUUGACCACAAACGGGGACACUUCCGGAUGUGCUCAAUAUAUCCCCAAUGGACAUAUGCCUCUGCGGUCAACCAACAGCCAUGCUGGGGCAUUUGGUGCCUCACCAGGUCAUAUGUCCAUUCAAGCGACAAUGUCUGCCCCACCAAACUUUAAUUCCAUUCAAAGUGCAGGCACCAACUCUCAUUUGCAUGCCAACAACACACACGCCCCACUUCGACGAACGCCCUCCAUUACACCCCCUGUCAAGCUGCAGAAUCCAGAAAAAGCCGUGUCCGAAUGGAUUAAAACGAACCACGGGCAUCACCCCAUUCUCGCCUCAAGAAGCCAGUACUCGGACCACGCCCCACUGUCUCCCCAGAGCUCCGUGUCGUCCUCUGGCAGUGGGGGGAGCGACUCUCACCAUGACGACGGGCCCCAGCCCAGCCGAGACAGUUUCCUGGAGGAAGGGAGUGGAAUGAGAGAAGUACCAGUUUGGUUGAAAACUCUCAGGCUGCACAAAUAUGCUUACCUUUUUAGGCAAAUGGCUUACGAAGAUAUGUUGAAUGUGACAGAGGAUUGGUUAGAAAAACAUAAUGUUACAAAAGGAGCUCGUCAUAAAAUCUAUAUCAGCAUUGAGAAACUUAGAGAAAGACAAGAAGUCUUGAGGAAAUUAGAAAAGAACAUUGUAGAGGAUGGGGGUUCUAUCAAGUGUGCCCUUGGAGAGAUGAAAGCCAUGCUGAACACCCCCAUCAAAGCUUUCAGUCCCAACAUGAACAGCCCAGACUACAGGACAUCUCCUUCCUCUUCUCUGUCCAACACUAGCCAGUCCUCCACAGCUGAUGAGGUGCUUGAAGGGGAUCUUCCUGGUCAGUUCUGUAGACUGAUGAACAAAGUGUGCACUCAUAUGUUGUUAGCACAUCAUCCUGAUGAGGAAUGUUUCCAAAUUUGUCUUCAACUUAUUGACAAGUGCCUAAACCACGAAGCAUUUUCAUCUCGCCAAAAGAAGCAACUACAUGCAUUGAAACAGUCUGCACAGAAAAUGUGGCAGCCCACGCAGAAGUUUCUGGAACGUCCACGUACGAAACCAUUUGUAGCAUACCCAUCAUCUUUGGGUAGGCACAUGCUACGUGGCAAUAGUGGUCGCAGUCCUCUAACAAUGACCCAGUCUCACCAGCCCAACUGGGGGAUGGGCAAGAGAUCCAUUCUUGGUAGUGGUUGUGCUAACAGUGGCCAUAUGCAGGUUGUGAGGAACAGUUCUUUGAACAUCAGCGCUGUCAACAAACUUAGUCUCUUGGAGCCAACAAAAACUCCUAUUUCAAGAACACAGUCGGCUCCAACACAUCGCCCAUUGGCUCUUCCUGUACAGAGUGGAGAGAAUGCCAAUGAUACAGAAAUCAAUGCACACAUGGACUCAUUGUGUAUCAGUAUGACAGAACAUGCUCUUGGCAGCUCAGACAAUAAUGACAGAGGCUCAGGCUUCUAAUGUUGAAGUCCACACUCCAUUUGUGAAUAUUGAGAAGCUGAUGUUGUAUCUCUCCUAAUUUGUUUAACAUGUAGCUAGUGCAAAGUGAACUGCUAACAGACUAGUUUGAAACUGCACUACCAUUGCAAGUAGUUAGAUUGGUUAGGUUUGAAUUCUUGGUCAAAUAGGAUCCUUUUCUCUGAGAAUGUUAUGCUAACCAGGGAAGGAGAGUUUUGUUGAUCCAAGUUUUACUUUUACAAGUAGGUUACCUACGUAUGUGAGAUCUCUGAUACAUGUCUUGUAUUUAUGUUCGGUUUAUGUCCUACAUUUGAAUAAAGAUAAUGUAAAUAGAAACAUUUUCUCACAAAUGUCACAUGGAUCAAUAGUGUGGUAGUCUUUUAUUGGCAACAGUCGUAGUGCCAAAGGUCAUGGUCGUUUCGAACUCACUUUUAAACCAUGGCUGUUGUUGCUCACACUUGUGCUAGUUCCCAGCAGUUGAAAAGGAAUGACUCUUGAUCUACUCCUUAAGAAAAAUUUUGUUUUGAUUUUUUAAGGUGAAGAUCAGACAUUGCCUUUGCUUUUUUUUGUCUGCAGGUGUGCUCAGAAGUUUUAUGUACAGAGAUCUUUUUCUCUGUUUUCUUUUUCUUUCAAUUUUUAGAUAACUCUAUAGAAAAUUUGUUAGGUAUAUAAUUUACACAAUUCUGUGGCUUUUUUUUUUUUGUAUCUAAACUUAGAUAUUUUUCUGACCAUCAUGCAAUAUAAAUAGCUGUACUUGAGGUACUAAGCUUUGUAAGCAGGUAUUCAGUAGAGAUAAAAAUUGGUCCAUGCUUUUAAAAAUAAGCUUGUUAAGGUUCUCCUUGCCAUGAGAAACACAUUUUAAAAGAAUGUAAAAACCUUUUUGAGUUAUGAUGUAAACAUUUUUUUCCCAUGGCAUUGCUUUUUAAAAACAUACUUGUUUUUUGUUUCAUAAGGUCAGCAUGGUCUGAAUUUUAUAUUAUUUUAAUAAAAUUUUAAAGUUGUUUUUUUUAAAGAUAAAUUAGUGUAUUUUUAAAGGUCGUUAAAUUUGCCUUUUAAAAAGAAAAGUCAAGUGAAUAUUUACAUUGAAGAAAGAUAGCACUGCUGUUGAACAAGAAGUGACAGGGUUGAGAAAACUAAGAGGACAUACGCUCUAACAGUCCUCAAUGUACAUAACGGCUGAUUCAAAAAUCAUUUUUAUAACUUGUUAUGCUUUGAGAAUGUUUUUUUAAAAAUUGCUAAAUGAUAUUUUUGUGUGUAAACAAGAUGUUUUGUUUAAUGUACAAACCAAAUCUAAACCAAUAUGUUGAUAUUUUGUCAUCGCUUGUAGACAGCCAACAGCUUGUGUGCUGGUCCACACAGUUCUUUAUUUUUUGUAAACUCAUGAACACCGUCAUAAUUGGUGUGGUCAUAAUGUUUGUCAACAACACAGACAGUUACACAGGACAAGUAACUAGCCUCUGAGUUGCCAGACUUUCUCAGUUCUUGCAUGGAAAAUCUGAUGCAUCGUUACAUAGGUAGGUGUAUAGUGCUGACAAGGCAUGUGUGUGUGUGUGCAGUGUUUUAUGCACCCCCCCCAAUCAAGCGAGUGCCUUUAGCCAUUUUGGAUGGACAAGAAUUGUUUAAUUUAAAUUAUUUUAUGGUGCCCCAAAUGCCUUUUGCACACAGGCACACCUAUGCACACAUGCUGACUGUUUGCAGGGUGGGGCUUGGUGAAAUAUGCUGGAACUGAUGCAAUCCAUGCAUUGACUACUCAUGGUGUGUGUUGUUCUGGUUCCCCCUGUUAAUGUAAUUCUCUUAACACUGUUGGUGUACAUAACUAUUGUUAAUAGUCUUAAAAGAUGCUAUCAUUUCUGUAUGUUUGUGAAGCAUCCUCAGUUUUGUAAUGUCCAUCUUGAAAAAACAAAACAAAUGUGCUUAACAUGCCUAGAUCUGGUAGAAAUAUUCAUGCUUGAGUGAUACUAUUGUCUACAUUUCAAACAGCUGCACAUUCUACUGAAAUGUUUAGGUACUAGUCUUAAUUGUUAGGUUGGUUUUUUGUUUCUUUUUUGGUUUUUGCUUAUCUUGAAAGAUAUUUCUUCAGAGUUGUGACAAGUAUCUAACAUGUCACAUCUUUUCACCUUUGAAUUUUUAAUUGAAACCUUUAGUACACAUCAGUUUGGAGUUUCUUAAUUACAUUUCAGUUAGUGGAGUUACUGUUUCUUUCUUUUUUUUUUGUAUCAAUGAAUUUUAUUUACUGUCAUUUUAAAGAACAAAAAUUACAGCAAUUUGUAAGAUAGUUUAAUUGUAAAAAAAAAUAAAAAUUGUUACGUUUUGAUGAUUUUCAUUUUAAACUUAUAUAAACUCUUUCUAAAUAUUUUAUUAGGCCAUUUUUAACAAUAGAAGCAAGUUGAAAAGUGGUAUUGAUAAAGAAAUUAGUUUACAAUUUGCCACAUAGAGUUGGCUCUGGGAUAUUUUUUUAAAGACAAAUGGUGGGUGCAUAUUCAAGAUGUUUAUUAAUGUUAGUUAUAUACAUUGUUUUUUACACAAUAUUAAAGAAAGAUUUUUUUUGGAAGAAUAUCAUGCAUGAUUGCUCAUUCUUUUAGGGAGACUAAUGUAAUAUAUGUAGUGUCCCUCCAAGCAGACUAAUUAACACUGUUCAACAUGGUUAGUCUUACUACCUUAGGUGUAGGCCUUCUACACAUACACAAUAUUGAAACUAUGGUGUUGCCUACAUUGUCAAGAUAGCAAUGAAUUUUUGACCAAACAUAUCUUCUAGCAUAGUCCCAACAGCAUAGCCAUGUCUUUAAUUUGUAUAUUUAUAUAUUAUACUUGUAUAAGCACUUUUUUUUUUAUAAAGAAUAUCCAUUAAAGAAACUUUUAAAUCAUUUCCCACACCUCAAUCAAAGACAUCAGUUUGAUACAUAUACCCAAGUCACUGGAUACUCUUUCUAAGAGUAUACUUUUCCACUGUUGCAUAGAAUUAUUAUUUUUUUUUUUGAAAAAAAAAAGGGGGGGGGGGGGAUUUUAGAAAAUCAAUUUACAAGAAGUUUAAGAUUUAAAAAACAAAUGUAUGUAUCUUUGCUGACUUAGAGUAAUGAAGUGUUCAGUAAAUUAACAAUUAUAUUGAUUGAAUAAUGAGCUAAAAAAAAUUUCCUACAGCUUUAGAAUACUAUAAACAUCUCAAAAUUGUCCUGCAAGUCUGGCUGUACUUGAUUGAAGAUGUUCUGAGUGUCUCUCACAACUAGAAGACAAUGUUAAUAGCUCUCCUGCUCUAUGUAGUAUUUAGGACCUGGUGUCAUAAGCUCAACAUUCAAGCAACAUCCCUCCAGACUUGUUUUCUGUACAAUGUUAACAUCAGUUCAAAAUGUGGUCUUUUUUUAAGCUAGGAAGUCCCAUUGAUUUCACACCACUAUCCUAGACUGUAUCUAACAACAGCUGAUGAGAUUUGAUCAAGACAUUCUUCACCUGAUUGUAGUUUUGUCCCAUAACAUGCUGUUUUCAAAACAAAAUGUCCCAGUUGGGUGUUUUAGCAAGUGUCAUUUUUUUUUUAUUUUUAUCAUUCCUUUUCUAACAUUUAAAUUUUUGUUUGAAUUGAUGAGUUUCUAUUUUUUUUGUAAAUUUUUCUUCAGUUAAUGUGCUAAGGAAGCACUGGAAUAGUUUUUGUUAGACUUGAGUUCAACACCAGUUCAUGUUAUUUGACUGAAAUGUUUUUUCAAAGUUCCACUGUUAAGUUCAGUGAUUUUGAUGUUAACUUUUAAUUUUGUAUUACGGUUGUUACAUUCUGUUGUCAAGAAUUUUGGCAGAUGCUUUUAAGUUUAAAGGUGCCUUAAACUCUAAACUCGUGCAUGUCAGUGUUUCACAUGUAAGUUUCAUUAGCAGUCCUCUCAUUUUUGUUUCCCCCCCCCCCCCCCCCACAAAUGUGUGUGGCUACUUGAAAGAUGUCUAUUUAUUUAUAGAUUUCAUGUGAUAAAUAUGGACAAGACCUGUUACUAUUUGAAUACUUAGGCAGUAGAGGAGUGGGUCAACAUCCAUACAAACCAAAUCUUGCUUUCAAGAAUUGUGUGAUAUUUUAAAUCAUUUUUUUUUUGUACUUUUGAUACAGGUAAACAAAAAGUAGUCAAUACCUUCUCUUGAUCUUUCCUCUCCAAAAACAUUGUCAGCAAUAUUUUGUGGUCAGAUUUUUUUUUUUUUUGCGAAAUAAUAAUAAAAAAAGAUAUUGAAUGCAACUAUUUCUUAACAUUAUAUGGACAGACUAUGCAUUUCCUAUCAUCAGCUGAAAACUAACAGCUUUGUAAAUGGACCAGGUCAUCAGCUAAUAGUUUCAUCAUGCUCUCUGAACAGACAUCCCUUCUAAGACCAUGUAUAUAUAUUAGCAUGUCAACUGUUCAUUAAGAUGGUGGUCUUGAGCUUGCUAUCAAGCCCCCAUGUUGUCCUAACACACAGGGUGUUUUGUUGUCAGCCUCCAGCUUCUCGACAGUGCUGCUUGUAGGUUUUUUUUUUAAUCCCCAAAAUCAGAUGUACAUAACAUUGGAGGUUUCUAGCACUCACAGGCUGAUCUGCCUUUUGAGUAACUAUAAAUGAACACUAGUGGUUUGUAUUAUUACUUGCUUUAAGUCAUGGGGAGCCUUUUGUAUUAGCCAUUAGUUUUGUAAAUCUCUGCUUGUUGAACUAGCUACUGUAUUCUGUACAUGAACACUAUGAAGCCUAGCUGAGUCUGUCCUACAUCAAGCAAUCUUCAUUUCUGCAAUUAAUUCCACCAUUUAUGCAUUUUUUUAUUGAACUGUAAGGUUCCUUCAAAUACUGCUCUGCCAUAUUUUCUUGGUUUUAUUCAAUUUUGUGCCGGGGAGAUGAGUUUUUUCCUUGUUUUUGAGAAAUAAAUUUAUUUUGAUUCAA